GGAUCUCACUUUGAAGUGUCCUUUGGAUUUCAAGUAUGUCAUCUGCAAUCCUGUCAGUCAUAAAACACUUCCGUAGACGAUCAUUAUCAUUUGCUUGCCUGACUUGGUCUGUUUGUCGAUUUGGACCCCUAGUACUUUUAAACAAGCGAACAAAUCGACUGUUGUUUUCAAAUCUUUAGUUUUAUCAAAACAAAAUGUCGCCUAAAGAAAAAAAAUCCCUUCAAAGUUAGUACAGAAUUCAUGGAAACCCUGAUCUGCAGGCUCAAGUUCAGGACCACUAUUUUGACUUCUUGCGGAUGCUUCAAGUUCCGCAAACGAGACUCCCUCGUGAUCGCAGCACGCAUAACGUUUCGGUCAACUUCCUCUAAAGUAGCCAAGCCUCCCACUCAUCUUAAAGGCCUGGCUGCUCAGCAAGUAUUGCGACAUCCUUUUGAAAUUACCCACGCAAUUCUCGCGGAAGGCUCGCACACAUGGCCAAAGAUGGCCGUCUUUCACGACGAAGUUGAGAUCGAAGACUUUGAAUACGACGAGGAAUCUGAGACUUACUUCUACCCAUGCCCCUGUGGAGAUCAGUUUGAAAUCACCAAGGCUGAGUUGGAAAAUGGAGAGGAUGUGGCUCGGUGCCCCAGCUGUUCUCUUAUUUUGAAAGUCAUCUAUGACCUGGAAGAUUUCAUGGUUGCUGAAGAAAUUGCUGCACCAGCCCCAGUCAUGCAGAGGGCAUAGGUAGUAACUAGAGGAACAAUAACAUAACCAGCAAUGUUGUGGUGAGACCCAGUACCAAGCACAAGGAAUAUCAACCAAAGUUACAUCUUGGCUGAAGAGUAACAGUCUUCAACUUGGGGCGAUGUGCAGAGAGAGGUCAAGACUGUUCUCAAUAUGAACUUUAAAGACAAAAAGUUUCUGUUCCCCUAUUAUUUUUGUCACAGUAUUGUUUCUCAGAUCAUAAGUGGAUACCCAACCCUUAAGCCACACAAAGGGACUAUUUCUCAAUAUUUGGAGUUAUACCCUUUUUUAAUACCAAUUCCAGGAUUUAAUUUGUGAGCCCCGUUCAAAGUCAGCACCCUUCCUUAACCCUUUAACUUCCAUAAGUGAUAAACAUGGAACUUCUCCCAAUAAUAUCCACAUAUUAUCUAGCAAACAGGUUAUGAGAAUACUCAAACUUAUCAGGUAGAAGUUGUUAUUUUGAUCUAACACCAAAUUCUCUUAACUAAAUUACAAGAAAAUGUGUAGAGCUAGAAGGGAGAAUUAUGGAUCAGAUCUCAGAGUUGAAGGGUGAACACUGACAAGUGCAGAAUCAGAGAUAAAAUUGUGAACUGCAAGUCACAGACUCGAUUACCACAAUUAAAGACAGCACUACAGGAAAAUAAUUAUCAAGCUUUUUUAAUUACAAUUAGAGCUGCUCAUUCUUAAGUACAAAAUAUAAUAAUUUCAGCUAAACAGUCCAAAUAAAAUGUACAUUAUAAAUAUUUGAUUGUGUCUGAUGUCAUUGACAAUUUAUGCUAUGAGGUAACAUAGAUGAAUUUAAAUCGAUGCAUAUGAGUUUGAAUUUGACAUAUUUUUACAGAGCAAAACUUUUGGCCUGUUCCAGUUGCUCACUCUGUAAAAGCAAAGUGUGAUUGGUAUUGUUAAUGCAGCCAUGGUA